AUGUCGUCAGGACCGGUUCGAUAUGUCCGGUAUCUGCUGUUUGCGGCGCUGGGAAUGGGUAUUCUCUUCUUCGUUUCGAGAUCCGCGAUUCCUAUGCCCGAUACUGCUACCCUAUCAAAAUUGAAUCCGUCGAAUUAUAAAGGCAAAGGCUCCCUCACAGUGACCGGUGGGUCAGCAAGCCCAUCGCAAGAUGGCGCUGCAUUGCCCUAUCCAUCCAAGGCGCCCGGGUCGGAGAGCGUUAGUGUUCGCCCGGAAUCCCGUGUGAAUGCGACUUUCGUGACGUUGGCUCGCAACUCGGAUAUCUGGGAUUUGGCACGGUCCAUCCGACAAGUCGAAGACCGCUUCAACCGCAACUAUCACUACGACUGGGUAUUCUUGAACGACAAGGAAUUCGAUGAUGAUUUCAAGAAGGUCACCACGUCGCUGGUCUCGGGGACAACACACUACGGAAUUAUUCCCAAAGAGCACUGGUCAUACCCCGACUGGAUUGACCAGGAGAAGGCAAAGAAGGCCCGACAGGAAAUGGGACAAAAGAAAAUUAUUUAUGGUGACUCGGAGAGCUACCGUCACAUGUGUCGCUAUGAGUCUGGGUUCUUCUUCCGCCACCCAUUGAUGAUGAACUACGAGUACUACUGGCGGGUGGAACCCAGCAUUGAGCUCUUCUGCGACAUUGCCUACGACCCGUUCCGCUUCAUGAAGGAGAACAACAAGAAGUACAGCUUUACGCUCAGUUUGUAUGAAUACUACGAGACCAUCCCUACCUUGUGGGACAGCGUGAAGAAAUUUAUGGGCAACCACCCUGAGCACAUCGCUUCCGGGAACUCCAUGGACUUUCUGAGUGACGAUGGUGGCAAGACCUACAACAAGUGUCACUUCUGGUCCAACUUUGAAAUCGGAAGCCUGAACUGGCUGAGAUCGAAGGAGUACAUUGACUAUUUUGAAUCUCUUGACCGCGACGGCGGUUUCUUCUAUGAACGAUGGGGAGACGCACCCGUUCACUCGAUUGCCGCUGGCAUCCUCCUCAGCAAGCCAGAGAUCCAUUUCUGGAACGAGAUUGCCUACUACCAUGUUCCCUUUACCCACUGCCCGACAAGUGAGAAGAUGAGACUCGAUCUGAGAUGCCACUGCAACCCCGAAAAUAACUUUGACUGGAAGGGAUACUCAUGCACAUCCCGAUACUUCCACGUCAAUAACCUGCAAAAGCCCGAGGGCUACGAGGAUCAGCAGUGA